AAACAUGGGUGACGUAGGCCCCACACUGCCUGCUCCCCGUCCCACCCCUCCCUGAGCAGCCGCCCUGCCCUCUCCCUCCCUGAGAGCAAGAUACCGGGCCAGACACCCUCACCCGCAGUGCUGAGCUGCCCAGGCUGAAGCAGGAGGAGGCCGGAGGCCAUGCCCAUGGGGUCUCUGCCACCGCUGGCCGCCUUGUACCUGCUGGGGAUGCUGGUCACUUCCUGCCUCGGACAGCUCAGCUGGGAGGACCCAGAUUUCCAGGUGAGGCUCACCAGCUCCAACUCAAGGUGCCAGGGCCAGCUGGAGGUCUACAUCAAGGACAAGUGGCACAUGGUUUGCAGCCAGAGCUGGGGCAGGAGCCCCAACCACUGGGAGAAUCCCAGACAAGUGUCAAAAGUCUGCCAUCAGCUGCACUGUGGGAUGGCCUUCAGCCUUGGCCCCUUCCCUAUCACCUUCACACAUCAGAGUCCAGUCAUCUGCCAUGGAUACCUGGGCUCCUUCUCCAACUGCAGCUACCGAAGAACAGACCCGUGUCAACCUCUGGGCCUGAUCUGCUUAGAGCCCCAGAUGACGACACCUCCACCCACAAGGCCCCCGCCCACCACAACUCCGGAGCCCACAGCUCCUCCCAGGCUACAGCUGGUGGCACAGCCUGGGGGCUGGCACUGUGCGGGCGUGGUGGAGUUCUACAGCGGCAGCCUGGGGGGCACUAUCAUCUAUGAGGCCCAGGACAAGACCCAGGACCUGGAGAACUUCCUCUGCGACAGCCUCCAGUGUGGCUCCUUCUUGAAGCAUCUGCCAGAGCCCGAGGCAGCUAGAACCCAAGACGCAGGGGAGCCGUGGAAACGGAGGCCCUUGCCUAUCCAAUGGAAGAUCCAGAACUCCAGCUGUACCUCUCUGGAGCAGUGCUUCAGCAAAAUCAAGCCCCAGAAAAGUGGCCGAGCUCUGGCCCUCCUCUGCUCAGGUUUCCAGCCCAAGGUGCAGAGCCGCCUGGUGGGGGGCAGCAGCAUGUGUGAAGGCACCGUGGAGGUGCGCCAGGGGGCACAGUGGGCAGCCCUGUGCGACAGCUCUUCAGCCAGGAGCCAGCUGCGGUGGGAGGAGGUGUGCCAGGAGCAGCGGUGUGGCGGCGUCAACUCCUAUCGUGUGCUGGAAGCUGGUGAGCCAACAUCCCAGGGGCUCUCCUGUCUCCAGCAGAAGCUGUCCCAGUGCCACGAGCUUCAGGAGAAAAAUUCCCGCUGCAAGAAGGUGUUCAUCACAUGCCAGGAUCCAAACCCUGCAGGCCUGGCUGCGGGCACUGUGACAAGCAUCAUCCUGGCCCUGGUGCUCCUGGCAGUGCUAUUGGUCAUGUGUGGCCCUCUUGCCUAUAAGAAGCUGGUGAAGAAAUUCCGACAGAAGAAGCAACGCCAGUGGAUUGGCCCAACAGCAAUGAACCAGAACAUGUCUUUCCAUCGCAACCACACGGCAACCGUCCGGUCCCAUGUUGAGAACCGCACAGCCUCCCACGUGGAUAAUGAAUACAGCCAACCUCCCAGGAACUCCUGCGUGUCAGCUUAUCCAGCUCUGGAAGGGGCCCUGCAGCGCUCCUCCACGCAACCCGACAAUUCCUCUGACAGCGACUACGAUCUGCACGGGGCCCAGAGGCUGUAAAGAACUGGGAUCCAGAUGCAAAAAACCAAGAGCCAGCCCUAUUUGUCCUGAGAAAACUGUGCAUUCUUCAGUUAAAACAAUGUCCCUAUUUCUACCCGGGCCAGAACGUGGACAGAAGCCAGGACCCUCCCAGCCAGGCGCUGCUGUCCCAAGUGGCAGGCCAGCUUGCACCCGGCUGCACCGCAGCCCACCGCCCCUCCGCACGUGGAGGCUGUGGUGGGCAGAGCCUCCAAACAAGCAGCCGUCCAGCUAGAGACUUGGGGGUGUCUGAAGGGGGCCCCCUUUCCCUGCCCGCUGGGGAGUGGCGCCUGAGUGGAAUCGGCUUUGUCCUCAGACUCUGUCCCUGCUAAGGAGUGACACGGAGCUCGUGGGGGGCGGGGAGGGGAGUGCCUUUUGAGCAUGUUCUUUGUAAAUAGCACUUUUCCUCCUUCCUGA